AUGUGCUUUUACCAGAACAUCCACGAGUGCUACCACUACGACCUCCUCAGCCUACACGCCUCGGAGCGGGAAUCCCACAAGUGCAGGCGCGUAUUUCGCGGAGAGUCCGCGGGUGGCGGCGUCAAGUGUGCGCUGCACACGUGCUGCCGCUUCAGCCGCGAGGUCAUCGUCCCGUGCGGGCACGCGGCCGAGCUAGGCGGCAAGCAGGAACUGGGGCAGGAGCAGCUGUGCGCGGGCGAUUCGUUUGGGGAGGAUGUGUUUGUGCCGUUUGGCGGCGACGAGAGCGGUCGGCCUGGGCUCUGGCUUGGGUUUGAAUAUGGGGCUUUUGAAGGUGAAGGUGAAGGUGAAGAAGGAGCUGAGGCGCGGGCAACACCAAAGGAGGUCAUCUGGGACUGCGACUGCGAUACUGAUGAUGCGGAUGCGGCGUCGUCGGCUGGUAGUGCGGUUAGUAUGGACUUUUGGCCGGAGGACGAGCCCGGGAAGACGGUUAGGGUGUUUCUUGAUGAUCCGGUUGAGGGCGGGGAUGAGAAGCCGGGACGGCCGUCGCGCGCGUGGGGUUGGGGGUUCUCGGCGUGGGUUUCGAGGUUUUGGUGA